AGGAGAAGCUGCGUGGCCCGAGGUCGCCGUGGCCCCAGUGGCGGUUGGCUCCGGGUGGGCUCGCGUCAUCCUGCCCCGUGUGCGAUGCAUCCGCGGCGCCCGGACGGAUUCGAUGGCUUGGGCUAUCGGGGUGGUGCCCGGGAUGAGCAGGGCUUUGGGGGCGCUUUCCCUGCAAGGUCCUACAGCACCGCCUCGGACCUGAGCCACUGGGUGACCACUCCCCCAGACAUCCCGGGGAGCCGCAACCUGCACUGGGGCGAGAAGAGCCCGCCCUACGGCGUGCCCGCCCCCUCCACCCCGCUCGAGGACCCCGCCGAGGAACCGCUUCCCGGCAGCGGCGGCGUGCCGGGCCAGAGCAGCGAACAGUUGAAUAGAUUUGCUGGAUUUGGAAUUGGACUUGCAAGUCUCUUUACAGAAAAUGUACUGGCCCAUCCUUGCAUUGUUCUCCGCCGCCAAUGUCAGGUUAAUUACCAUGCUCGGCAUUAUCAUCUCACUCCGUUUACUGUCAUCAAUAUUAUGUACAGCUUCAACAAAACUCAGGGACCAAGGGCCCUUUGGAAAGGAAUGGGAAGUACCUUUAUUGUCCAGGGAGUCACACUUGGAGCAGAGGGAAUAAUCAGUGAAUUCACACCUUUACCAAGGGAGAUUUCACAUAAAUGGAAUCUUAAACAAAUAGGAGAACACCUUCUACUGAAAUCCCUAACUUAUAUGGUGGCAAUGCCUUUUUAUUCAGCAAGUCUAAUUGAAACAGUACAGAGUGAGAUAAUUCGAGAUAACACGGGAAUUUUGGAAUGUGUUAAAGAAGGAAUUGGAAGAGUAAUAGGCAUGGGAGUGCCUCACAGCAAACGCCUCCUUCCGCUUCUUUCCCUGAUCUUCCCUACGGUGCUGCAUGGGGUUCUUCAUUACAUCAUCAGCUCAGUCAUUCAGAAGUUUGUCCUGCUAAUUCUAAAGAGAAAGACUUACAAUAGCCACCUAGCUGAGAGCACUAGCCCGGUACAGAGUAUGUUGGAUGCUUAUUUUCCAGAACUUAUUGCUAACUUUGCUGCCAGUCUUUGCUCUGAUGUUUUACUUUACCCACUGGAAACAGUUUUGCACCGCCUUCACAUUCAAGGAACACGCACGAUAAUUGACAAUACAGACCUUGGCUAUGAAGUGCUUCCAAUUAAUACACAGUAUGAGGGAAUGAGAGACUGUAUCAAUACCAUAAAGCAGGAGGAAGGAAUGCUUGGUUUUUACAAAGGGUUUGGUGCUGUUAUAGUACAGUACACACUGCAUGCAGCUGUUUUACAGGUUACCAAGAUUAUUUACUCUACACUUCUUCAAAAUAGCGUUUGAGAUUUAGGUUCCUGGUUAGUCUAAAAGACAUCAUCUGGAUACUUUGUUAUGAAAUUAUGAAGGAUAAAAGUGAAAUCCUGGGGGAGGGAUGGAUUAGAAAGUGAAACUGGUAGAAAAAGCCCAUGCUAAUUAUCUUGACUCUUCAUUUUUUUUUUUUUAAGGUCAUAGGUAUAUAUUUUGGAUCAAAAGUAUUCCAAAUUUGAAAACUCCAUAAAAAUAACGCUCAUAUGAAUUAAAUUCUAACUAGUGUAGCACUCAUGCCAAACUAAAGAUGAUCUUGUCAGCAAACAUAUAACAAAAUUUCAGAGCUGAGUUUAUUCCAUCUGACUUUAAUAUUUAUUACAUGUUUAUUCCACCUUCUAGAUUGAUACUGGUAUGUCAUCCUUAAUGUCGUGUGUAGUAUCAGGAGAUCAUAGUUUACCUUAAGCAAAUAAAUCAUGUUAUCAAUGAGAAAGACGAGAAGGAUUAGAUUUAACAAUCUAUAAGCAGGAUUUGAAGAGUUUUAAAUUGCAUUGUCCCUAUAUAACUUUUUAAUGGCUGUAUGUUUAUUAUAUAAAGCCAUUUAUGUACACACAUAUAACUUGGAAUUUCCUUCAUCCUUACAAAUUUUCCACUCUUAGGUCAGCUUAUUGCAUAAAAUGAAGUCAUGUACUUUCUGCUUGAAUAUAAGACCUUAAAAGCCAAGGUAUCCAAAAGAUUUAAGGCAAACAGCAUACUUGUCCAUAUCCAAACCCAACAUUUCAAUGCCAGCAACUUAAAAUUCAUCAAGUGUUUAUGAAGUUUAAUUUGCUUACCUAGUUAUGUGAAUUAUGAGGCUGUUUUUCGAGCCACUCUUAGGAGAGAGAGAAUAUAAAAUAAUCAUGGCAACUAUUACUGUUUACACAUUUACAAAUUGUGCACUAAAGGAACGUCACUUGCCUUUCAUUUCAGAAUGACUUGUCUUAAAGGAGACACAAUUAAAAUUCACCUGGGAAUUUGUGCCUCUUGCCUUCCGUAUAGUCAUCGUUAAAUAAUGGCUUCAGUUUUUAUUUUCUUCCAGUUUUUGUUUAUAGUUUCAUUCUCCAAACUAGGCAUACAUAAAGGGAAAAGUAGAUUUAUCCUCAUUGCCUUUUAUUUAAACUUGUUUGGAUGAAUACUGAAGAAAUACAAACCUUAAAAGCAAUUUGUCUUUGCUUUUUAUAGAUGAGGAAAAGAAGUAAAUUUCAACAAAUAAUAAGCAAAAAAAUUGUUAAUCCGUUUAAUAAAAAAAUUCUGUCUGUUCCUAAAUUGAAUUUGGUGGCGAGGCUCUUUGAUUAGUAAAAUGAUAUGCAUUUGACUGAUCCCUCAUUCCACAUUUUAAAGUUUCAUUUCCUCACAGGAGAGAUCACAGUUUGACUAUGAACCAUUUAGCACACUGAAGUGCUAUGACUUUGCACUGACGUUGUUCAACGUAGAAUGCGUACAAACUGAGAUGUAUUUUACUUGCUAAAUGUCAGCGAAAUGGUUACUUUUUGUGAUUAAUAAUGUUGGAACCAAAAAAUGAUAUCCAAAAAGUGUGAAAACAGAAUAUACGUAGCAACUCCAUUAUCUUGUGUUGUGUGUGUUUUUUUAAUUACUAAAACACGUAAGUUUUCCAUUUUUAAAUUCCACCAAGAGGGGGCAAAUAAAAUUAAACACUACUGAUCAUGUUGUGGUUUAUGGUUACGCUUUUAGAUUAUGGUUACUUUGUCCAACCUGUGGCAUUUAAAUUGUUUUCAUUGCUUUUGAACUGCUAAGUAAAUUUUUAGAUGUUUAUAAUGUUUCCAACUUCCUAAAAACCUUUCAUUUUUAUUGUAAUCAAAGAAGAUGGGUUUAGACGAGAGUAACCUUAUGAAAACUUCGUUUCAGAAAAUUUCUAGAAGAACAGAAUCUGAAUGGAGUCAAGUAUUUACUAGUGAAAACCGAUGGGGUCCUUUAUCUAGCUAAAAAUUAGAUAUUUCAAGAUUAUUUGAUGGAAGUUAGAAUGAUUCAGUUACAUAAAUCUGUUUCAUUAUGAAAUCAUUACAGACUGAUAGGCUGAACCACACACAAGUAAUGUUGGUCUUAUUUUCUCACAUUGAAGCAAGAAUACAAAUUAACAUUAAAAUUGAAAUGUGGCAAAUAAAAUACUAAUUUUUUUUUACUGCCAUUCCAAAUUAGUUGAAAUAUAAAAAUCUCUAAAUUAAAUGCUGGCCAAAUAUGUUUAACUGAAUUUAGAAAGGAAUAAGUGAAAUAAACGUUGGACAUGCUUUUUCUGUUUUUUAAAAUUAUUCUAUUUCUUUAGCGUAUAGGUGCCAAAAUCAAAUUUCAAUGGGCCACAUUUCUUAAGAUGAUAAUAGCUCAGAAUAAUAUUGUUUAAUUCAGUAUGAUUAAUGGUAUUAGGAAUAAGAUUCUAUUAGAAUGUUCCACAGGCCCAGUGGUCCUCCCACGUAAGCCAGAUUUUGGCCAUGGAGCUGAAGUGUGAUAUGCUUGCCUUACGUUGUAGGGUUUCUUAAUUUGAGUCAAAUAAUCUGAAAGCAAUUGAAUUAAAAACUGAAACACCUGGUAAAUGUUAACUUACUAUGUUAAGUGAAUUUAUUAAUUGAUUUACUAAAUCUGUUUAUACAUCUCUUUCCCUUGAGACAGUCUUCUCUAUUUUAUGGGCCCUUGAAAAAUAAUCUCUAGGUUUGUAGAAUUUAUUCAAGCCUCCAGACUCCCAGCACUGGAUGUUCUAAAUAUGAAAUAGUAAAAACAAACUAAUUUCAAAAUGGCUGUGGAUUGGGGGAUUUGAUAAUUUAGCCAGUGUUUUCAGAAACAAAACUGGAGAGGUAAGAGGUCUUGCUCACUUUUGCAGACAUGCCUAAGUAUUCACAGCUGUCUUUUUAGUGCUGGCUUUGUUAUAACCACAUGAAGCAUUCACUUUACUGAUUGGGCACAAGUGCUUCAAUAUUUCUAUCUGUGUAUUCGUACAUCUGCUCAGAAAAUAAAACACAUUGCUUUGAUAUUUGUUUUUUCAACUGAGAUUGUGGAAGAUGUUGCCCUCAGUUACUCGGUCUUUUGGAAUACAAAAGACUACUCUGCCAGCUCUUGAAAAGAUAGCCACGUUUGAAUUAAUUAUUUUCAAUAAUAUAUAAGCAAAUAAAAUCCCCUUGCACUAGAAUUUGAGUGAUAUUUAACUUUGGCAUUUCUGCUUUCUCUUCACUUUCAAAUAGUACAUUUCACUCUGUCUCCAAUAUAAACUGGAUAUGUCAUGUCUUUUUUUUGAGUCAUUGAGUAUCAUUGAUAUGGCACCAAGAUGUAUAGCAGAGUAACAAAAAUUUGUGAUUUGACAAUGAAUCUUAUACAAUAUUACCUCAGCUAGAAGAGGUGUUUUGUCUGUUUUGUUUUGUUUUUAAGUUGUUUUUGUCUCACUGGUAUUUUAAAUAUUUUCAGUAAAUUGUGUAAUAUGAAAAAGUUCAAUAAAAUGUUGAAAUAAAACCAAUAUUUUUCUUUUACUGAUGCUACUCAACCACAAGUCAUGUAGGGGUUCAGAAUAUGUCACCCCAAAGUAUGCCAUGUUGGUUUAUUGAUUAUUUUGAAUUAAACAUACUUGAGAAACAGCCAAUGCAAGGACACUAACCCUCCUUUGUCCACCUGAAAGCGAGUGAUAAAAUCUCCGUGUGAAAGGUAGUCUCGCUAUACCAGGAGAGUAGAAGGGAUCCUUAUCACCAGAGACAGGGAAUUUAGGGCUGAGAAGGCUGUGUAAACAAACCUUGUCAAUUCUUUACCAUUUAUUACCCUAAGUCCAAGCCCCUCUGCCUUGUCAAUUCUUAACAAAUCUAUUGUUUCUUUGUCUAAAAGAUAGAAAAUCUUUCUGUUCUGGUCACUUCUCUGAGUCUUGUCUUUCAUGGGGCUUCUGUAUGUACGAAAUUAAAUUUGUUUUUCUCCUGUUAAUCUGUCUUAUGUCAAUGAAGUUAUUACACCAACCAAAGAACCUAG